AUGAAUCAAGACGCACAGAUAUUCAACGACAAUCAGGAAUGCUUAAAUGAUCAGUAUCUAAACGCUCAACUACCAGAACACCACACCAAAAAGGAUGAAAACGAACAAAAUGCAACUUAUGCUUCUGGUAUCCUGAAUGAUUCGAAUACAGCAGCAAAGACACAAGCAACAUCAACAGAAGCAUCACCAGAGAAAAAAGAAGCUUUGAACUGGGCACAUCCGCGCUUCACAAUGAGUCAGUUUCAACUAUACGAAACAAAGACAAGAUACUAUCUUGUUGGUACAAACCAAGCACGACAGAAAUACCGAGUAUUGCAAAUACAUCGCACCAACCCUAGAGAGCUUGUAGUAAUUGAAGACGAUGUCUUAUACACAGAAUAUGAGAAGUCUCGACUUUUGAAGAUGAUUGAAGAUGGCAACUUGAGUGUGGGUGGAUUGCAACUUUCGUCGAUGCGAAUCUAUGGCAUUGUGGGUUUUGUCAAAUUUACGCAAGGAUGGUACAUGAUUUUUAUUACCAAGCGUAGACAAGUAGCUCUUCUAGGAGGGCACUACAUAUAUCACAUUGACGAAACUCGACUUGUGCCAAUUGGUUUAGGAGCCAAAAUCGAUAAGAAUUCUGACGAAGCUCGCUAUGUGAAUACGUUUCAAAACAUUGAUCUAGCAAAGAACUUUUACUUUUCCUACACCUACGACAUAACUAACUCAUUACAAAACAAUCUCACUCAACCACCAUUGGCAAAACCAGCAUCCACAGACGAAGAGAAAGAUACGGCAGACCCCGGAUUACUGCAUAACGACAUGUUUGUUUGGAACCACUAUCUCCUGAGUUCGGGUUUCAAGAACUUGAAUAGUAGAUCAGGAUGGAUUUUACCUUUAAUUUAUGGAUUUGUGGAUCAAGCGAAAAUUUCGGUAUUUGGAAGAAGCAUUGUUGUCACUUUGAUUGCUCGAAGAUCACGAUACUUUGCAGGAGCCCGAUUCCUCAAGCGUGGCGUGAAUGACAAGGGCUUUGUGGCAAAUGAUGUAGAAACCGAGCAGAUUGUGACAGACAUGGCAACCACAUCGUUCCAUUCAACUGACCAUUUGUAUGGCAAUCCUCGAUACACAUCGUAUGUACAGCACAGAGGAUCUAUUCCUCUGAUCUGGUCACAGGAUACGACCAACAUGUCACCAAAGCCGCCCAUCGAAUUGAAUGUGGUAGAUCCGUUCUUUUCAGCAGCAGCGCUACAUUUCGAGAACCUCUUUAAAAGAUACGGAACUCCCUGUAUUGUUCUCAAUCUAAUCAAACAAAAGGAAAAGACCAAAAGAGAGUCUAUACUGGGAAAAGAGUUCUCCGAGGCAAUUUCAUACCUCAACCAAUUUUUGCCUGAUGACAAGAAGAUCAAGUACAUUGCUUGGGACAUGUCUAGAGCAUCCAAAAGUCAUGACCAGGAUGUCAUUGGAUUUUUGGAAAAGAUUGCAGAUGAUACAAUGGAAACGACAGGCUUCUUUCAGAGUGGUAUAGGAAUAGAUGCACAAAACUUGAAGCAAUCGAGGCAGCAUGGUGUCCUCAGAACCAACUGCAUUGAUUGCCUUGAUCGUACUAAUGCUGCGCAAUUUCUCAUGGGCAAGUGUGCCCUUGGCCAUCAGUUGUAUGUGCUGGGCGUGAUUGCAUCUCCUAAGAUUGAUUUCGAUUCAGAUGCUGUUAAUAUCUUUACAGAAAUGUAUCAUGACCAUGGCGAUACCAUUGCUUUGCAGUAUGGUGGCUCGCAUCUGGUAAACACAAUGGAAACCUAUAGAAAGAUCAACCAAUGGACCAGUCAUCCACGAGAUAUGAUCGAGUCCAUCCGUCGUUUCUAUGCAAAUGCAUUUUCAGACGCUGACAAACAAGAUGCCAUCAAUCUGUUCCUGGGUAAUUUCGUCACUCAAGAUGGCCAACCCAUGCUUUGGGAGUUAAGCUCUGAUUACCAUCUACACAACCAACAUCCAUUAGAGAAGGCUGUACGCCGAGAUUACCGUUAUUGGUACGAGAAAGAAGCAUUGAGGACCAAAAUUUAUGAGCAGGAUGAAUCCUUAUUUCUGAUACCCAAGCGCUUCCGGGUUCCUGCUUCCAACCCUGAUGCAAGUGAUUUAUACCAAGGUUACUGGGUCGAGUAUUACAAUCACAAGGAAUUGACAAGCUUGGAUACCUUAUUCACCUAUAAUAUGAAUGGCACAUUAAAGUACAGGCCGCUCAAGAUAUCUGCGCAUUCCAAAGAAAUGCGAGAAUUGACGAAAGCAGAAGCAUUGGAUAUGAGUCCUUUUACUGUGCGAGCUCUCAAGAACUCCACCCAUGCGCAUACAACGCCGUUUCCCGAGAAAACUGAACCAGAGGAUGAAGCAAAAUCGAGCGAUAACGAAAAGGCACCUUCAUGGACAAUUGUAGGAAUAACUCAACGCAACUUGGAGCCUACUAUCACCAACUCUGAACUUAAGGAGUACAAAAGAUAUACCCAACAAUUCAAAAACAUUGAGAAGCUUACAGUGUCGCAUGGAGAUAAGAUCAACUACGCAAGCAUAGAGAACUUUCCUGAAUUUCAACAAUACCAAAACUACGUUCAUAAAAACGCUUUAGAGGAAUACCCUGCAGCCAUCAAGACGACAAGCAUAGAUCAGCAAGUAUACAAUACCUAUGUCGACAUACCGCGCAGAGCUGCUUCAGUACAAGUAAGUCGAGAAUGGAGUGGCAACACCAAACGAAGAUAUGAAGGCUAUGGCAUGUAUUUGAGAUAUGGCAAAUAUCCAACCCAACAACAGCCACUACAAAAGCAAUCAUCAUCAUCACUCACAAAUGAAUAA